AUGAUCUGGCAAGUUGUUAUAGAUCAGAAUCUGGAUUUUUGUAUUUCAAAUUCAAAUACUGAUGCUGAUAAACAUUGUAUUUCUGCAUCAUCUGUGACUAAGUGUGAAUAGAUAUAUUUAGGUAGUGGUAACUACAAUGAUGCUAAUUGUAAUGAAAUAAAAUCUGAAUGUACUGUAUAUGGAGAAAGUGUUUGUAUAAAUAGAACAUGUGAAAAUGCCUCAGUUUUUACAUAUAAUCAUGAUAAUUGCAAUAAAUGGUUUAAUAAUUGUACUGUUAAUAAUGAAAAUAAUGAAUGUAUCCUUAUGAAAUAAAAGUGUACAGAUUAAAAUAAAUCUUCAUGUCUUCAUUCAAUGGAGGGAGUUUGUGUAGUUGUUAAUAAUUUUUGUGUAAAAAAGACAUGUAAUACUGCUAAAAUAGAUUCUAAUUAUGAUACAGAUUUUGAAUGCUCAAAUUAUUUAAAAGAAUGUACAGUAACUACUAGAUUAGGAGGAUGUCAAGCAAGAAAUUCUUGUUAAUUAUAUAAAUCAUCAAUUUAAUGUAAAUUUAAUAGUAAAGGUGAAAAAUGUUUCUGGAAUCCAAGUGAUUAAACUUGUGUUGAUUUGAAUUGUGAAAAUAUUGAAAAAACACCUUCAUAUGAUUCUCAUGAUGAAUGUUUUGAUGUAGAUGCAACUCUAGGUUGUACAGUCAGGUCUCAAGGUACUGGUUGUAUGUCUAGAGGACAAUGUGGUUCAUAUACAAAAUAAGAAUAAUGUAGAACAAAUUAAAAUGGAGAAGCAUGUGUUUGGAAUACAAAUGAUAUGAAUAAACCUGUUUGUUAAGAUAAAUCUUGCACUAGUGCUCCAAGCACUUUUAAAACUCACAAUGACUGUUAUGCAUAUUAUAAUACUAAUACAAUUAAAUGUACUGUUUUUGCUGGUUUAAGUGAAGGUAAUACAACUCUAGGGGGAUGUUAAGAAACAUCAAAUUGUAAUAGUUAUAUUGAUAAGGAAUAAUGUUAAAUUAAUGCAAAUCGUGAUCUAUGUGGAUGGAAUGGAACAUCAUGUGCUGAUAAAUCUUGUGCAACUGCUCCAGCCACUACUGAUUACGAUGAUGAUUCAGAAUGUCGAACUUAUUUCAAUAAUAAAUGUACAGUAUCAUAAACUGGGUAAGGAUGUGUAGAUAUUCCGAUUACUUGUGAAAUAAUGACAUAGAAAUAAUGUUAUUUUAAUUAAGCUGGUUAUGCAUGUUAUUGGACAGGAACAACUUGUAUUACAAAAUCUUGUGACAAUGCUCCAGAUUCAACAACUACAACUGAUGAAUGUAAUACUUAUUUAUCUGGAUGUACUUUAGAUGCUAUUAAAUGUAAAACAUAGAUUUGUGAAGAUUUUAAUUUUACUACAGAUGAGUUAUGUAAAUAAGCUAUGUAAACAUGUACAACAAAUGGAAUUUAUUGUGUUACCAGAGGAUCCUGCUUAUAAGCUUUAAAUCAAGCUGGAUGUGUUACAUCUUCCAAAAAUGAAUAAUGUGAAUGGAUUUAGGGUAAUACUAUUGAAGCAGCUUAUUGUACAAUCAAAACUUGUAAAACAGCGCCAAUUACUUUAAUAACUGUGUAAGAAUGUCAACAGUACUUUACCAAUUGCACUACUAAGAAAGGAGGGGGAUGUAUUGAAAAAUCAACUUGUUCAGCGGUGACUAUUGAUAGUGCUUGUACAGACGAUAUAAAUGGAAAGCCAUGUAUAUGGGAAAACAUUUCAAAUUACUGCAGAAAUAAAAGUUGCAAAGAUUUUACUGGAAUUAAUCAUUCAAAAUGCUAAGAAUAUGGUAAUAAUUGCACUUCUGGACCUAAUGAUAAAUGUAUUGAAAUGUAAAAUUGUGAAUUUUUCAAAAAUAAAAAUACUUGCAUAUUAGGAAUUGAUGGACCAUGUUUAUGGAUUGAUAAAUAUAUGAAUAAUGAUGGAUCUAUGGGUGCUUGCUUUUAAUAUACUUCUUGUUAAAGUUUAAGUUGGAGUACUGAUGAUUAAUGUAAAUAAAUAAGUAAUUAUUGUACAACUGAUGGAUAGAAAUGUAUUGCUAUUACAUUAUGUGCAGAAACUAAUACAAAUGGAGGAUGUGUUACUGGAUAUGAUGGAUAAUGUAUUUAAACAGUUCCAGUAUUAAAUUCACUUGAUUCUAAGAUUUGCAAAUUAUUUACAUCAUGUGCUGAUGCAUUAUAUCUAACUCAUUAAGAAUGUUAAAUAGCCAAUAGAAAAUGCACAACGAAUGGAACAUCUAGUUGUAUUCCUAUAGGAACUUGUUCAUCAUAUCAAUUAUAAGCAGCAUGUAAUAUUAAUGAUAAGGGAGUUAUUCAUAACUUUGGAGUUAUUAUUUCAACAGGCAUGUGUGCAUGGGAUUAACAAUCUAAUAAUUGUAGAGAUUAAUAAUGUACUGAUUUAAAUGGUUUAAAUCAUGAAAUAUACUAUUCAUAGUUAUCAACUUGCACAUCUGAUGGAACUAAAUGCUUAAUCAAAGAAACAUGCUCAAAAUAUACAAAUGAAACAGUUUGUACAAAUGCAUUUGGAACUGAUGGAAAAUGUUUUUGGGAUAGUAUACAAUGUAGAUUAAUUACUUGUGCUGAUAUAUAAAAUGGUACAUCAAAUGAUAUUUGUUCAUCUUUUUUAUCAAAUUGUAUUUCAGAUGGAACUGUUUGUAUUCCAAAAAGUAAUUGUUCAUCAUACAAAGCAGAAAGUAUCUGUAAAAAUGGGUUAGAUGGAAUCUGUUAUUGGGAAAAAGGCUCUGUUAAAAAUAAUAAUACUUCAAAAUGCCGACAAUUUCUAUGUACUGACAUAUAAAAUGGAAGAACUACUUAAGUUUGUCAAGAUACUUUAAAAUCUUGUAUUUUUAAUGGAAUAUUUUGUAUUCCUAAGUCAAAUUGUUCAGUAUAUAUUAGCAAAACAGCCUGCAAUUCAGGUGGUCUAGAUGGAAUUUGCGUUUUUACUUAAUCAACUGGUUUUAAAGCAAUUCCUGGAAUAGGAACCUGUGCUUUAAUGACCUAAUGUGAAUAAGCUCAUAAUGAUUAGAAUGCUUGUUAAGCUGUUAAAGAUAGAUGUUCAUGGACAUCUAAAACUAAAAAUGAAAAUGUUGCUAAAUCAAGUUAAUGUUUUCCUCAAAAAUGUGCUACAAAUUUUGAAACAAAUGGUAAUUGCACAAGCAUUUAUGAUUGGGAUAAAAAAUCCAUAUAAUUUUGUAACUUUGAAAAUGGACAAUGUAAAGAUAAAGAUCCAUCAGAUCUUUCAUAGAAUGAUUGCUUAAUGGUUUCUCAUUAUACAUACACUUGGAAUACCUCUACAAAUAAGUGUUAAAGUUGUAGUGGAAAUUAAAAUAAUUCAAUUAACAACGAGAGCCCACCUAUUCCUGAAACUAAAUUAGAAUAAAUUCUAAGUUUAAUAGUAAUUGCUAUGGUAUAAGUUUGUUUCUGA